AUGUCGUCGGCCCUCAACGCGAUUAAGAUUCGUCGCAAGAAGAAUGUCAAGAAGGGAAUUCAGUUUUGUUUGAUGGUGUGCGGUGCCAGUGGAACAGGUCGCACAACUUUCGUCAACACUCUCUGCGGAAAGCAGGUUCUGGAGGGCAAGGAUGCCGACGAUGCUGCCAACGCUCACAUCGAGGAGGGCGUCCGCAUUAAGCCCGUUACAGUCGGUGAGUUGAACCGUUCUCCGCAUGGGGCCAAUAGUGGCUUCGGCGAGAUUGUCGGCUACCUCGAACGCCAAUACGACGAUAUCCUUGCAGAGGAGUCCCGGAUUAAGCGUAACCCCCGUUUCAGGGAUAACCGUGUCCACGUUCUGCUCUACUUCAUCACACCAACCGGUCACGGUCUCCGUGAACUUGAUAUCGAAUUGAUGAAGCGCCUCUCUCCUCGUGUCAACGUCAUUCCUGUCAUCGGAAAGGCCGAUUCCCUCACCCCGGCCGAAUUGGCCGAGUCCAAGAAGCUGAUCAUGGAGGAUAUCGAACACUACCGCAUCCCCGUCUACAACUUCCCCUACGACAUCGAGGAGGAUGAUGAGGACACCGUCGAGGAGAAUGCUGAGCUCCGUGGAUUGAUGCCCUUUGCCAUUGUUGGCUCCGAGGAUUUCGUCGAGAUUGAUAACAAGAAAGUGCGCGCACGCCAGUACCCAUGGGGUGUUGUCGAGGUUGAGAACCCUCGUCACUCCGAUUUCUUGGCUAUCCGCAGCGCCCUGCUGCACAGCCACUUGGCUGAUCUGAAGGAGAUCACCCACGACUUCCUUUAUGAGAACUACCGUACGGAGAAGCUCAGCAAGAGCGUCGACGGUGCCACUCCUCCCCAAGACUCUACCAUGAACCCCGAGGACCUUGCAUCUCAGUCAGUGCGCCUCAAGGAGGAGCAGCUCCGCCGUGAGGAGGAGAAGCUGCGUGAGAUUGAGCUCAAGGUACAGCGCGAGAUUGCCGAGAAGCGGCAGGAGCUACUGGCUCGCGAGAGCCAGCUCAGAGAGAUCGAGGCCCGCAUGCAGCGCGAACAGCAGAGCCAGGGCAAUGUCAGUGAGGCAGCUGGAGAGGCCUAG